AUGAUUAAAUCCAUUGUAAUUGAUGAAAAAAUCCUCAGAUUACAUAUUUGGGAUACAUCUGGUCAAGAACAAUAUCGUGCUAUCUUAAAUUCUUACUGUCGAGGUGCACAUGGCGUCAUUAUGGUUUUUGAUGUUACGAAAGCUGAAUCCUUUGAUAAUGUGAAGAUGUGGCUACAAGCAAUCGAUCAAUAUUCGAAUAAAAAUGUGAAGAAGUUAUUAAUUGGUAACAAAUGUGAUUUGACGUAUGAUAGAGUUGUUGGUUAUGCAGCGGCUGAAAAAUUAGCUGAUUCAUUAAAUAUUCCAUAUGUAGAAACAUCGGCUAAAAGAUCAAUUAAUGUUGAACAAGCAUUCAAGAUUAUAGGUACUGAGCUUAUGUCGAUUCCUGAAGUAGAAGCAUCCUGUUUAAAUUAUCAAUUACAAAUCAAACCAAUAGAAUGUACGACAACGACUGAAACUGAAUAG